AUGGAACCUAAGACGGCGCGGAGCUGCCCCAACUCGCCCAAGGCACGCAGCGAGUUAGAAGCCCGAGACAGAGCUCCUGGCAGCUCUCAUACACUCGGUGACACUGACACUCACACUGCUCCCGUCUCCGUCCUCUCACACUCGCAGAGUGAUGCGGCUGCCACUACGGAGCUUGCGUGUCUGAUCGCGUGUCCCUGCAGCCUUCUACACCCCGAAGCCAUUGUGCACUCGGUUUGCAGCGCAGUCGAUCCUGCGCCGGAGAGAUGCACUGUUGAGCGCUGCGCGCUGGGUUCCGGAGUGUCAGCAGCGGGAUAA